GAGCAGCUUAGUGCGAGAUCCGGGAGCACGGCGUUCAGCUGUACAGUGCGCGAAGGGUGGGAGUGGAAAAGGAAAAGAAAGGAUAUAUGCGCCUGGAAGUACUCCCUGUUAAACACCCUCGUCAAAUUCAAGCUUACAAGUUAAAUUAAACCACGGAAAAGGUUACCGUACCGAAGGUUGGUCGAUUUGCUUCUUAUUCUAUUUACAACGUUCUGUGUUUUCAGAUGGCAUCUGCAAAUGACUCUCGCCAACAGCAGCAGUCCCAAAAGGAUGCAGCGGACCAGAACUUUGACUACAUGUUCAAGCUGCUGAUCAUUGGGAACAGCAGCGUGGGCAAAACCAGCUUCCUGUUCCGCUAUGCCGAUGACUCCUUCACCUCCGCCUUCGUCAGCACUGUUGGGAUCGACUUCAAAGUCAAGACUGUCUACCGCAACGAUAAGAGGGUCAAGCUGCAGAUCUGGGACACAGCUGGGCAGGAGCGCUACAGGACCAUCACCACAGCCUAUUACAGAGGGGCCAUGGGCUUCCUGCUCAUGUAUGACAUCACCAACCAGGACUCUUUCAACGCUGUGCAGGACUGGGCAACCCAGAUUAAGACAUACUCAUGGGACAAUGCACAGGUGAUCCUGGUGGGUAACAAGUGUGACCUGGAGGAUGACAGGUUGGUGCCCACAGAAGAAGGCCAGAGGCUGGCAGAUGAGUUAGGCUUCCAGUUCUUCGAAGCCAGUGCCAAGGACAACAUCAAUGUUAAGCAGGUGUUUGAGCGUCUGGUGGACAUCAUCUGUGAGAAGAUGAAUGAAAGCAUGGAUGGAGAGCCGAGCCCAAUGGCCAAUCACCGAGGUCCCACCCUGCAGGAUACGCCCCCUGAGAGCCAGGGUGGCUGCUCUUGCUAGCCACACCCUUUACCAGCUAUGUGAAAUAAUCCUUGAACCUUCACCCUGCCAGUAAACAAUAACCUGAGAUAACCCUGCCUCCCUCACUUGGCCCUGAUCGCCACCCACUUCCCCAGUAAACAGUAUAUUACAAUUCAUCCAAAUGCUUCAUCACCUCCUAGAUUAAUUGUUGUUGCCUGAAAUUCAUGUGAAAUGCACUCAAGCUACUACCCGGAAUGCUAGAAAAUUCUCUUUCCGCCUGCUUCCUCUGCUCUCUUCCUCUCUGCCAGUUGCUGUGCGCUCUGUAACCAUCAGUGCUACAAAUCUUUGGUUCCUUGUGAAUGAGCAGCAGAAGUUACUGUAGCCAAAAAAAAAAUGCCAACACUGUGAAUAUUGCACUCUUGUCUGGGUUUGCCACUAUCCUGGGGCAGUAUUCUUGUGCCUCCCUACUGUUGCUGCACAUGGGCUGCUAUAUCUCCACAUGCAAGUGGAGGAGUCAGAAGACCCUGUCACAAACACUGUCUUGGCACGGUUGCACUACUCUGUGUUUUCGGUCUGGAGGCGAUACGCUUAACACCUGAUAAAUGGCUUUUUGUUCACUUGCUGAUACCAACUGACUUGUGUCCCUUUGUUGCCUGGCCCCAAACACUUAGGCUCUUUGACGAUGAUGACUCUUGAGAACUCCCUGCUACCCCAUUUUUAGAAAUGUAAAAGGUAAUGCACAUGAAGUGCCUGGAGAAGAUCUCUCUAAAAAUCUGUAUGGUAAAUGGAAAAACUCUCACUAACCAGUCUGCAGUGCUGUAAAAAAAAAGUAUGAGAUUGAGAGAUUGAGCUCAGGCACUUGUAAGGACAGCACCUCGAGCCAUUUCAAGAAAGACUCAAGUGUGAAAUAUUAGUUAAAUCUGCAUGGCACUUGAAUAGUUUCAGUAGAACUCCUGCGGUGUCCACUCAGGUAUGGCAACUGUUGGGCAGAAGCAUUGUGUCUGAAGAUAUCAGUGGAAGCAGUGCCAGUUUGGCCUGGAUCUGAGCUGUUAUAAGACCACUAUGGAGUCCUGCCAAGCUAGUGUGACUCACCAUUUUUUCUUUACAAAUUAUUCAUUUUACUUGGGAGAGUAAGCAGCAGCAGUCAACUGUUUCUCAGUGGUUUGAGGUGUGGCAGUGCGUGCAUGUAUACAUGCAUGACUGCCUGUGCACGUAUGUGUGUGCUGGGGGGCAUUCUUGCUUUUAGUAAAUUAUGGUUCUAGAUUAUUGUAAGGUCAGGAAU